CCUCAGUUCCAGGUGUGUGCAUACAUCUGUUGUCCACACAUCAGGGGAAAAAAACUAACUCCUCCUCUAAAGUGGAACAACACCAACUCCAGCAAUUUGCCAGUGCGCUCUCAGGAAUCCUACUACUUGACUUCUAAGCUAAGAUAAUUAAUACUUUAUCACGAUGGAUGAGUUGGAUGAGACUCAGCUGAAGAAUCAUGUGGACAGUCUGAAGCAGCAGCUACAGUAUAACAGAGAGAAAACCUCAGUCUCUGUUCCAGAGUUGAUUAAAUGGAUGGAGGAGAAAAUGACUGAGGAUCCUUUUUUGAACACUGAAAUUCUGAAGCAGAACCCAUGGGUGGAGACAAGCAAAUGUGUUGUACUCUAACACAAGAGCUGUCACUCAUCACUAUGACAACAGGCAUGGCUCCACCCUAUGUUAUGGUUGAACUGGCCUACUUUGACUAAGAUUAGGCUGCAGAUGAAUUGAUUUUGAGAUAAUAGGCUUUGUUGUUUACUUGUAUCAGACUAUGACAUUAUGAAAAUAAAGAAAACGACUGUUGUCAAUCAGUGAAAACAUGUAUUUAUAUAAGUGUAAGUCAACUAUACAAGAAUACAAUAAAAAGAAUCAGAAUAUGCACAAAACUGACCAGAUAUUUUACAUUAUACUAUACAGAAC